AAAAAAUCACAGAAAUAGAGAAGAAUAGAGAAGCUAGGAGAGUGUAGAAUCAAAACACAAGUUUCAGACUUUCAACUUUUUCAUUCAUGCCAUGGAAUUCCAACCUUCUUUGAUGAUGGUUAUUGCCUCAUUCCUCUUGUUACUAUUUUGGCUGGCAAGAAUUUACAAGCAGAAAAUCAAAGCAGAAAAGCUUCCCCCAGGUCCAUGGAAGCUUCCUCUAAUAGGGAACCUUCAUCAACUGGCAGUGGCAGGAACACUUCCACACCAUACCCUUCAGAAUCUAUCAAACAAAUAUGGACCUUUGAUGCACCUUCAACUGGGUCAAAUUUCUGCUGUGAUCGUGUCAUCCCCUGACAUGGCAAAGGAGAUAAUGAAGACAAAUGAUCUUAAUUUUGUGCAGAGACCAGCACUACUUGCUCCUAAAAUCCUGGCCUAUGGUUCAGCCGAUAUUGCCUUUUCUCCAUACGGUGAUUACUGGAGGCAUAUGAGGAAAAUAUGCACACUGGAGCUUCUUAGUGCCAAAAGGGUUCAGUCUUUCUCCUUCAUUCGCGAAGACGAGGUGAAUAAACUCAUAGAAUCCAUUGGAGCGUGUGCAUGCAGAGGUUCACAAGUCAAUGUUUCUAAAAGCGUUUCAUCUUUGGUGAGUAGCAUUGUGAUGAGAACAGCGUUUGGUAAAAAAUGUGAGUACGAAGAGCGACUUUUGUGUUUGCUGAAGGAAGGAGCGGAACUGGCAGGAGGGUUUGAUGUUGCUGAUUUGUUCCCUUCAAUGAAACCUCUCCAUCUUAUAACUGGGCUGAAAGCUAAGUUGGAGAAAAUGCAUGAAGAGCUGGACAAGAUUCUGGACAACAUUAUCAGCGAGCAUAGAUCAAAACAUCGAGAAGGAGAUGCAGAAGAGAAUCUGGUUGAUGUUCUUUUGCGUAUACAACAAAGUGCCACCCUCGACAUCCCUGUAACAAUGGACAACAUCAAAGCCAUCAUAUGGGCCGACAUAUUCGGAGCUGGGACUGAUACCUCAUCUGUUGUAUUGGAGUGGAGUAUGUCAGAGUUGUUGAAAAACCCAAGAGUGAUGAAAAAAGCACAGACCGAAAUAAGAGAAGCUUUGAAUGGGAAGAAGAGAGUUAGUGAGAGUGAGGUGCAGGAAGUGAGGUACUUGAAGUGGGUGAUCAAAGAAACACUGAGAUUACAUCCACCUGGUCCCUUGCUGCCAAGAGAAUGCAGGGAAGCAUGCAUGAUAGGUGGAUAUGAAAUUCCUGUGAAGACGAAAGUAAUUGUGAAUGCAUGGGCCAUCGGAAGAGAUCCAAAGCACUGGUAUGAUGCAGAGAAGUUUAUACCAGAGAGGUUUGAUGGCACUGAUUUUGAUUUUAAAGGGAAUAAUUUUGAAUACAUUCCUUUUGGAGGUGGAAGAAGAAUGUGUCCAGGCAUUUUACUUGGAUUGGCUAAUGUUCAACUUCCUCUGGCUGCAUUGCUCUAUCACUUUGAUUGGGAACUCCCCAAUGGGAUAAAACCAGAGAAGCUUGAUAUGACUGAAAGCUUUGGAGCUUCAGUGGGAAGAAAAAACAACCUGUAUUUGCUACCGACUCCAUAUCAAUAUUCCCUUCAUCACCGUCUCAUUGUCGAUUCACCCUCUUGAUUCUACUUACUGUUUCUUCAAUGGAGAAAGUGGUUACCUAAUACACUCCAACCACAUCUUUUAUGAAAAACAUAUUUGCUUCAACAACUCGAUAGUUGCUGUGUUAAUUGUGUACUAUAUAUCCACAUUCAUGACCUCUUCAUUCACUAAGUAUCGAAUAAAUUUAGAACCUUUAUUAUUGCCA